ACGUUUUUUUUUUUAAUUAAUCUCGGUAUUUGAGUUUAACAUCAUUGACAGUUUAAAUUACUAGUUUUUUGCUACUUCUCAUGAACUAAGAAUCAAAGUCCACAAUUUGUUUAUAAAAGGUCAAUAUAAGAGCAAUCUUCGAAAAGAAAUUUUCUCUAAUAAAAUAUUUUAGACACAUUAUAGAAGAUAAUAAAGAAUUAUGACUCACAACGAAUUAAGAACUCAUUGGUUUAAAGAAGGAGUUAUUGCUUUAGGAGCCGGAGUACUUUAUGGCCUUACAAAUGUCGCCGUUGGACACCCAUUCGAUACUAUUAAAACUAAAAUGCAAGCUCAAUCUGGAUUCGAAAAAACAGGAAUGGUGCAAACAUUUACAAAAGUAUUUAAAUCUCAAGGAAUUGUAGGUUUAUAUAGAGGUUGUAUUCCGCCGUUUAUAGGAUCGGGAAUAUAUCGAUCAAGUCAAUUUGCAAUUUUUGAAGCUGCUUAUACAUAUUUAGAUAAUGAUAUUGGAAAAACAGAAAUUCCUUUAACGCAUGGAUUACAGAUAAGGGUCAUUGCGGGAGGUCUGAUGGCAGGUGCUACACGAGCUAUUAUUGAGUGUCCUUUAGAAUAUGCAAAGAUAAAACGACAAGUUGGUCAUACUUGGACAUUUAGAAAGAUUUAUACGGUUAUCAAAUGUUUUAUGUGGUCAGUUAACAACUGCUACUUUACAACUGGUUAA